AUGUAUCCAAGAAGAUCCUCUUUUUCCAGGUUUAAUAGGUGCAAUGCAUGUGACAAUGUGGCGGCAGAAGGGAAACGGGUUAGCAUAGCCUGCAUGAAACAGGUUGCUGAACCACCAGUAGCUCAUCCUGCAAUUGCAAAUCCAGCAGAUGUGAUUUCCAUCAUCAAGCAGGCUGUGGCAGAAGGUGUCAAAGAAGCCACUCAGUCUACGAGGCAUACUAAGCAUAGGAGGAGAGAGAUCUCUGACAGUGAGAGCUCUAUGGAGGACUCCUAUGAGAAGAGUAAUUUACCUACUGAAUACCCAGAGUCAUUUAAUGAUGAGGAGUUCCCAUAUUCAGGAGGGUUUGAUAAAAGUAAAAUUGAAGUUCUCAUUGAGGCGGUAAGAAAGAGUUUGGAGGAAUUCUCUGUUCAAGAGCCCUCAUGCAGCAAGCACAUUGCUAGUUUCAAGAGAAAAGAAACAGCUUUUCUCCUCCAUGAAUCAAUCAAGACCCUUAUUAAUGAUGAAUGGGGUAAGUCUGAGAAACAGGUGAAUUUUCAGGGUAAGUGGUUAAGAUAUAAUAAUUCAAGAAAGCUGACUCUGCCUCCCAAGUUGGACACAUCAGUAGUCAGACUGGCAAAGAAGACCAUCUUGCCUCAGGAUGACUCUAGCUCUUUGAGAGAACCUAUGAUACCUAUGAUACUCAUCUUUCUAAGGCCUACGUUGCAGCAGGAGCUAGUCUGCACCCAGCAGCUACCUUAA